AAUAAAACACGAAAGGGAUUAGAGUGAUAAAAUAGAAUCCUGUCAAUCAUAAAUUGAUAAUGAAAAAUAAUACACGUGAUAUUUAUAACAUACACAUUAUGGAAAUUAGUAUAAUAGGAAUACUAAAUAUACCUUCCUACCUGGAAGUGCGCAAAACGGCUAAUGUUGAAAGAUACACCGAACAGGAACUACUAAAGUGUUCUGACUAAUAAACUGAUGACUUCACCACUCUAUGAUAACUUAAUGGGGGCAACACAUUAUUAACCUAAAAUAAUAGUAAAUUAAUGAUACAUAUUAGUUAAGUUUGGAUUAGUUUGCCAAUCUUAAUAAUAAUAAUUUCAUUGUCUAUAUAUAUGCUAAACACUGUAUACUUGCAUUGUCAAUAUACUCUAUCUAUCCACCUAUCUAUCUAUCUAUAUAUCUAUCUAUCUAGCUAUCUAUCUAUCUCUGAAGUACUGUCGCUCGUGGUAUAGAGUGAACAAGAGAGGCCGGGCCACCCAUGCCGCCGGGAUCAGCUGUUGUACACACACACCGGGGUAACCAUGGUCGACCAGGCACAGUUCCGUAUUCAAGAGGCUAUGACAGCUCUGGUGGACGACCUAGAUAAGACAUAUUUACGAGGAAUGCAGAAAGCGAUGCAUCUAUGCGCCGCGGAAUGUUGUGAGAGGAAGGAGAGCUCGGUUGAUCAAGUCCACCGGUGUAUUGAGAACUGCUCCACGCCGCUCACACAGGCCCAGAGCUUUGUGCAGAAUGAGUUAUCACAGUUCCAGGAACGACUACAGCGAUGUGUAAUGGUGUGUCAGGAUCGUGUGAGAGACCAGGUCACGGCAGACACAUCAGAGUCUCAGGAGCAGCAGCGCAACAGCUCCCUUUCCAUAGCCAACGCUGCAGGCAGUGUGUUCCGUCAGGCCGCUCUGGGCAGAGACGGAGUAUCUGUAUACAAGGCAGAGUUCGAGGGAUGUGCCAUGCAGUGUGUGGACGAGCAUAUUCAACUGAUGCCGUCCAUUAAGAAGAGGAUCGCUGCCGUCUUAGCGAAAAAAUCUUAAAUUAUUUUAAAGUUAGAAUCUUAUAAAGAAGACAAGUUUACACAGACUGCAUCAGGACCAGAGGAAGUGCUGUGUGUUUCAGAAGAAACGUGACAAGUAGUUGAGGGUGUGACCAGGGCAGCGGUGUUGUUGUAACUAUGACAACAAACAAUAGCUUUCAAAAUUCUAAUGUGUAAAAAUAUUGGUUGGGUGAGAUGGGAUUCUUACAUUGUGAAGGAAAGUAAAUGUUUCUCUUCAAAACUUAUAAAUUCAAACCAAAAUCCAAGGAGGUAUAUAAAAAUAUUAACAACAGUGCAGAGGCAAUGAAGUAAAUGUGUUGAAGUUUAUGUUUCAGCGUCACUUUUGAGUGUGCUGUCAGAACCUUUUCAUGUGUAGACUGUAAGGGUUUCAAGUACAGUACAGCAUUCAUGGUGAUUGACAUGGUUUAUGAUGAUAAAUUCCAAGAUUUUUUUUUUGUACUGUAUGUCAACUGAUUUGACUGUGAUGUACAUUAUUUUAAAAGUAACAUUGUAGACAUCCAUUUCAUAUUUAUGCCUAAUGCCUUAUCAGCUAAUUUGUAUUCAGUAAGGGUAUGGACAGGUGUUGACUGGAAGAGAUGGUAUGGGUCACCGUGUUAAACUGUGGGAGUUGGUGACUGAUCAGUUGGGCUCUUGUACAAAUAGUCCUCAGCUAUUUGUACUCGUGGGAAAGUUAUUGAUGGAAUUCGCUUUAUUGAUCUCUUGGAGGAGGUGAAUGUUACGCAUUGAUGAUAAGUUCGUGCUUCUGGUCACAUUGCCUGGAUCUGUUCUGGUUGGUAACUUCUUCAUUGACGUCCCGAGUUAUAAUUGUGUCAGAGUUGGUUUUGUAUUUAAAGUAGUAUGGAGGUAAAGCUGUAGUUCCUUUUUUUCAGCUUAUUGUGAAAAUUGACCGCAGAGUUUGUGGUUUUAAAAAAAAUGGCUUUUUCUCCUUAACUUUACAGUGAAACCUCUAUAUAAUGGAUUACAGUAUAUGGGAAGAAAAGUCUGUCAUACACGUGUUCGUUAGAUGUAAAAACUCCAUCUAGCAGACUACAGUGUAAUAUUAUGGUGAGAGGUCUGUUAUAUCAAGGGUUCGUCAGAUGGAGUUUUCACGUCUACCGGACUGUAUCCAUGAGAUCAAGGACUAUUAGGUGGAGUUUUUGCCGUACCUGUAAAUUUAUUGUAACUUAAAUCUUUCAGUACAGUUGGGUGUAAAUGUUAGUGUACAGUACGGUAGUUGUGGUGGUGUAGGCGGUCAUUAGGGGUUACUUCUGGCCGCCACGACACUGAGUUGCUUAUUGUUGACUAUUACUGCCUUAACAUGACAAAAUAUUGGUACUCAGUCUUAGACAUAAGUUACAUUAUGCACGGCGUCUCAGAAAAAUGUAUACACACAACCUUAUGGAUUUAGUUGGGGAUGAUGUGAAUGCUUGUACAGUAUUAGGAGAGUAACAUGGCCUUCGCUCAUUGAUGUGUGAGGUCUCCCACAUGUGAGGACAAUGUUGCUGUUGUAGUUAUAAGCAUUUAAAUAAUCGCCACAAAAAUUUGUUAUGACAGUGUGUAUACAUUUUUUUGGAAGACACCUUGUAUUUGUUAUGGUCUGGUCAAUAGGUAACCCUUGUAAAUAAUUGUGGUACUGCUUGUCGUAAACAACUCGCCCACACACUGUCGCUGAUUAAUUACCGAUAACUACUUCGAUAAACUUUUUUAUUUCUGGAAUAAUAUCAAAAUGUUGAGUAUUGCCUGUUGUGACUGUUGCAUAUUUGUAUAUAAACACAGAAGUACUUAAUGAAGGCGAGAGAAUCUGUUGAAAGUUGACCCAGUGUAAGUCCUUGUACAGUACAGUACUGAUGUCUACCUCCCCUGAUGAGGGUUCAGCAUACAGUACAGUAAAACCUCUAUUUAAUGGACUACAGUGUAUAGAUAAGAAAAUCCGUUAUAUCGGGGGUUCGUUAGAUGUGAAACCUCCAUCUAACAAACUAUAUAGAGAUGAAAGUCCUUUUAUCGAGGGCUCUUUAGGUGUGAAACCUCCAUUUAACUGAUUAUACAAAGAAGAGAAGUUCUUUAUAUGGAGGUUUCACUGUAACCACAUUUUGUACUUACACACUGAAUACAAAUCCCUGUACUGUACUGUACUCUAUUGACCAUGAAGAUAUUGCCAAAUUUAAGUACAGUUUCCUAUCCUUGAAGUGCUGUACUGUAUCUUCUGUUGAGUUUUGUGAGAAUUAGCUUAUUUUUGUACAUAGAAAAACUAACUGUACACUGGUGAUGUUACUAUUUGUGUGUUGCCAACUAGUGUGUGUGUGCCAUCCACAGUAACAAGGUGCUUUAGUAAGUACUUGUUGUGUCAGUCGUACAUCACUGUGGAGUAAGUGAAGAUGAAAACUUGUAUAUUUUUAUGCGGUUACAAAUAACUUUUAAAACGCUUUAUAAGUAUAAUAAAUUAAACAUAUUCUUCAGCUCUAGAUUUAUAUGUUGGCAGAAGUAAUGUUGGUUUUUAUUUCAUAGUUUAUUAUCUGUUGGAAAAUGGAGCCCUUCACCGUGGAAAAAUAAACACUUUAAACGAGACAUUCUUACAAACUGUCGGUUAAGUUCUCGUUAAACUGCCUGCCUCUAUUUAACUAUUAACAGGGGUCAUUACUAAAUCGCCUAAUAAAAUUGUAAUUUAAAUACAGCUCACCUGAAGAUUAGAUACUCCAGCUUAUUUGACCUGACAAUUAAACACCUAACCUAACUUAAUCUAACCUCUCAGGUAGCAUUUGGGUGUUCAGUCAGGUGAAAUAAACUAAGGUGUCUAAUCUUCAAGUAAUCCUUGUUUACACUUGAGAUACCUAUGUGUCAUAUCCAAAAUACUACAUGUAUGUUUGUCAUGCAGCAUCAGUCUGGUGGUGAGAAGUGUGCAUGCUCUCUCACCAAUGUAAUUAUGGAGCGUCAUAUCUGAUCUGAGGUUUUAAGGCCCUCGGCCCCUCGCUAUCAACAGGUCCAGAAGAGUAGUCAAGCUUCCUGGUGAUUAGAAUAUGUUUCUCUUCAUCUCUAUAAUUUUCCUUCUUCUGUUUUUAUUUUAUCUUUCUUCAAACCAAAAUCAUUUCUCUCUGUAAACUAAGUCUACCUGUUCCAGUAUCUACAUCUCAUUAUCUCUUCUCCUUUAGGUCCUGACCAUUACUUCCAAGGGUGGUACAGUACAGUUAUGGUUUUAAGCUACUGUACUGUUAUACCAUUUUCUUUUUUCCCUUCUAUGGUCGUCACAAAACAAAACAAAAAACAAAAAUGGUUUCGUGUCGUUUGGUUUAAUGAGAAGCAUUUAUGGACUCUUUAGUUUCGUGGCUCGUCGUGGGUAAAUUCACCGACUAGGCAUUCAUGCCAAGGCCUUACGGUUAUCAAGUUUAUAUUCCGUUUAAUUUUUUGAGAGCAUAUGUCUGUAGCAGUGUACAUUAAGUCUAUUAUUCCAUUAAUUUUUAUUAUUUUAUUUAAGUACCUGUAUCCACCCAAAGCUGUCGGAAAAAUGGCUUGUAAAUAGUUAAUUUUUUUAGAAUGAAGUUCUGAAAAAUC